AGGUCGCCAGUCCAUUGCAUGGCACUUCACUAAAUAGUGAACUAUGUAGGGAACUCCUCGGCAAAAGUAACACUUCGGACACUACCCUGGCGUCUCUCUCAGCCGAUGAUCGGAUCCGCGCAGCCGCAAGUCACCAUCAAAGGCAUAAGCAUACUCUGGCAAACAUGUCAUACGGCAAAGCAGAGAGCUUCUCUGUUCCGCAGGACUUCAGCUCUCUCAUACAAACAUGCAGCUCCAAUAUCCAAAAGAUCACACAGAACACUGCUCAGAUCAAGACCAUGGUUAACCAGCUGGGGACCAGACAGGACACCAGUGAACUCCAGGAUCGUCUACAGCAGAUACAACACUACACUAAUCAGCUGGCAAAAGAAACCAACAAGCACCUGAAAGAGUUGGGGUCAGUCCCUUUGCCCCUAUCACCCUCAGAGCAAAGGCAGCAAAAGAUACAAAGGGAACGGCUGAUGAAUGAUUUCUCAGCAGCCCUCAACAACUUCCAAGCAGUCCAGCGGCGCGCAGCAGAAAAGGAGAAGGAGUCAGUUGCCAGAGCAAGAGCUGGGUCCCGUCUAUCCGCUGAAGACAGUUCUCGGGAUGAAAAGCUUCUAUCUUUCGAUAGUCAGGAUGACUGGGGUCAAAUGAUCACUCAAACAGAGGAAGUGGCCAUCACAGAGGAGGACCUGGAACUCAUCAAGGAGAGAGAAACAAAUAUCAGACAGCUUGAGUCUGACAUCAUGGAUGUAAACCAGAUCUUCAAGGACCUGGCAGUCAUGAUUCACGACCAAGGAGAAAUGAUUGAUAGUAUUGAGGCAAAUGUGGAGAAUGCUGAAGUUCAUGUAGAGCGAGGAACAGAACAGCUCCAGAGAGCUUCCUACUAUCAGCAAAAGUCCCGCAAGAAGAUGUGUAUUCUUGCUAUGGUUUGUUCCAUCGUAAUCAUCAUACUUGUCAUCAUUAUCUGUCUCACUUCUAAGUGAGACAGUUUCAUACAACUAAUGUUUUAGUACUCUAUUUUACACUGCCCAAUCCCACCUGCAAGUACCCGCUUGGAAUCACAAGAAGUGUAAGAAGAGGCUGAUCCCUGCACCAAGAUCAGUGGAGUAGAUACAGAAGACUGGUCAAUGUGGAAAACAUACUGAAAUUUGUUGUAUGUCAAAAUAAUAAUUUAAAAAACAUCAUAUUUAAACUGUGAUUACGGAGAAUCAGAGAAGAACUGAUGUGAUCCAAGAGAGCAAUUUAAGAUCUGAGACUCCUUAAUUUGCUUCACUCAUUCAUUUCUUGUAUUAUUUAAUGCACUAACACUAGUUGUCACUGUAUCAAAUGUAAAAACCUUUUUGAGAAUGAUUAAAAAUGCACAAGACUUGUUUAGGUAAUCUGUGAUUUUUAGGGAUUAUAAAUUGUUUUUGUUUUGCUUUCUUUUUUUUCUCUUGUGGCACCUUUUGAUGUAGAGUGUAUGGCCUUCACUGUAAAAGUAGUUGAGUGGGAAUGGCAGCCACAACUGUACUAAACCUUGUUGAAGAGGCUAAAGGAAAGACAAUAUGAACUUCCCAGCUUUGUCACCAUCAUUAUCAUGGAGUUGAGGUAAUAAAGUAUUAAAGUCUAAA